AUGCUUCGUAAUCGUUCCCAUAAAGAACUAAUCAAUCUCUCUCGUCAAUUAAUCCAACCAUUACUCCCCCACUUCCAUAAAGGACAAGCCGGUAGAGUAACAGUAAUCGGGGGAAAUGAAGAUUAUACCGGAGCACCAUUUUUUGCCAGUCAUUCAGCAGCAAUUGUGGGAGCUGAUUUAUCUCAUGUCAUAUGUGAGAAAUUGGCCGCACCUAUUAUCAAAUCAUAUUCACCUGAUUUAAUGAUUCAUCCAUAUUUAUUUGAUUUAGAUAAUCCGGCAAUUGAAUUGAAUAAAUCUGAUAUUGAGCAAUUUAAAUCAGCGCAAUUAAAAGAUGUGAUUGUUGAGAAUAAUAAAUUGGAUAUUAUUAUUGAUGAGAUUAUAUUACCUAAAGUGAGUCAAUUGUUGAGUAGGACCGAUAUUGUUGUUGUUGGACCUGGAUUUGGAAGAGAUCCACUUAUGUUGAAAUCAUUGGUUAGAAUAAUUGAAGAGAUUAAGGUUUUGAAUAAAUCGAUAAUAUUGGAUGCUGAUUCUCUAUAUUUGAUUUCGAUUCAUCCUGAAGUGAUUCAGAAUUAUACAAAAGCGAUUAUAACUCCUAAUGUGGUUGAAUUUGAUAGGAUUGCAAAAGAAUUAGGAAUGGAACCAAGUAUUAAUGAAUCAAAUUUAGAUACUUUAAUUUCAAGAACUCAAGAAAUGUCAAAGAAUUUAGGUAAUAUAAUCGUAAUCCGAAAGGGAAAACUGGAAAUCAUUGCUAAUUCGGAAAGAUACUUGGUAAACGACUUCCCAGGAUCAAGUAAACGAGUUGGAGGACAAGGUGAUAGUUUAACUGGAGCAAUUGCUACUUUUGUCAAUUGGUCAAAUAAUUAUAAUGAAGAAUUAUGGGAUGUAUCAUCAUCCGGGGAUAAGAAGAUCCCGCUAAAUGAAAGUAACUUGUUGGCUUGUUAUGCGGCUUCAACACUUGUGAGAUGUGCUGGUGGGAAAGCCUUUCGGAAAUAUGGAAGGGCUAUGCAAACUUCAAAUCUUCAUGAAUUCUUAGGCGAAUCUUUCAAUGAAUUAUUUGAAGAUGCAAAACCAAAUAUGUAA